UCUGGAAUCUGCCCGAAUCCUUGACUUUUCAGUGGACUCUGAUGUAAUGUGAACCUAGAUGAUGCCUGUGUUUUUGUUUUUAUACAUGUGUGGGGGAACCCAGGCUUCCAUGGGUGUGGAAGCCUCAUUUUGGGCUAUGCAUUGUAAGCAAGCUGUUACCUGUUCUGCCUGUAGGACUGUUUCCACCACCAGACUUUUUAAGUGUGGAGAAUCUGCUUGUCAUCAGCGCUCUCUGGUGGCGGAAAUUGGUAUGCCUACCUUUAUAUCCAGCUGUCCAGAAUCCAGGGCAGGUCUCAUAGACAAUGGUGACUAGCACCGGCUCCAGCUAAGUCGGUAUCAGUAAGGAUUCUUGGAUGAAGGUUGAGGCCAUAUGAAGACAAGCCAGAGAAGAUGACAGACUCCUGGCUCUAGAUCCUAGCUCCUCCCUCCCAACUCUCCAGCCUCUUGACCCUGGUUUCUCUACCCUCAGGUCUUGCUCACCCACCUGCAUCAGGACCAUGUGUGACCAGCAGCAGAUCCAGUGUUGUGUGCCGGUACCCCAGUGCUGUGUCAAGGGUUCCGCCUUUGGUCCCUCACAGUUUCCCUAUGCCAACAACCAGGUGCUGGUCCAAGCUCCAUGUGAGAUGCAAGUUCUGGAAUAUGCUGCACCAUGUCCAGUUCAAGUUUCCCAGACUCCGUGCCAGUGCAGUACAACUGAAGUGAAGAGUCAGGCUCCAUGCUCCACUAAGACCACCAAGGUUAAAUGUCAGGCUCCAUGCCAAUCAAAGGCCACCCAGGUGAAAUGCCAGUCUAAGACCACUGAGGUAAAGUGCCAGGCUCCCUGCCAGACUCAGGUUUCCUGUGUUCAGUGCCAGGCUCCAUGCCAGUCUCAGGUUUCCUAUGUGCAAGUACCACAACCUCUUCAGACCUACUAUGUAGAAUGUGCCCCCGUGUAUUAUACAGAAACUAGUUAUGUGGAAUAUCCGGUUCCGACCUAUGUGCCUGAUCCAGCUCCUCGGCCUGUCCACACCUAUGUAGAAUGUCCCUCAGUGGGCCAGGGUCAGGGAAGUUUCUCCAGUCAGUGCCAGUAUCAGGGCUCCUACGGUAGCUGCACCUCUCAAUCACAGUCACGGGGUUCUUACAGCAACUGUGGUCCACAGCCUCAGUCUCAGGCUUCCAACAGUCGCUGUGUACCCCAAUUCCAGUCCGGGCCCUCCUACACCAGCUGUGGCCCCCAGCGCCAGUCACAGGCUUCCUAUGGUGGCUGUGCCUCCCAAUUCCAGUCUCGAGCAUCCUACAGCAACUGCUCCUCCCAGCGACGGUCUGGGGCUCCGUUUAGCACCUGUGCACCUCAAUGCCAGGCCCAGGGCUCCUAUGGCAGCUUCACAUCACAGCAGCGUCGGUCUCAGAGCACCAGCCGAUGCCUCCCUCCUCGUCAGCUGCAGCCUACUUAUCGAAGCUGCUCUCCACCAAGGCGUUCUGAGCCCUAUUACAGCAGCUGCCUGCCAUCCCGAUGUUCUUCAGGCUCCUACAACUAUUGCACCCCACCCCGCCGCUCAGAGCCCAUCUAUGGUAGCCACUGUCCUCCUCGGGGCCGCCCUUCAGGUUGUUCUCAAAGAUGUGGACCCAAGUGCAGGGUAGAGAUUUCAUCACCUUGCUGCCCCAGGCAGGUUCCCCCGCAGAGGUGUCCUGUCCAGAUUCCUCCCAUCAGAGGAAGAUCCCAGAGCUGUGGCCGGCAACCCUCUUGGGGUGUCUCCUGCCCGGAUCUGAGGCCACGUCCAGAAUCACAGCCAUUCCCAAGGUCUUGCGGGCCACAGCGUCGUGACUGGUCUCCAGCACCAUCAUGGCAGCGGUGCCCAGUUCCUGCACCACGUCCAUGUCCAGAGCCACAGCGUCGUGACCAGUCUCCAGAACCAACAUGGCAGCGGUGCCCAGUUCCUGCACCACGACCAUGUCCACGUCCAGAGCCAUGCCCAAGUCCAGAACCCCGCCCAUGUCCUCCUCUGCGGCGAUUUUCAGAACCGUGUUUGUAUCCAGAACCAUGCUCAGCUCCUCAACCAGCACCACGUCCAGUGCCACGCCCACGCCCGGUUCCCUGUGAGAAUCCAGAACCACGUCCGUGCCCACAGCCCCGUCCAUAUCCAGAGCCAAUGCCACAUCCUGCACGCUGCUCCAGCCCAGAGCCUUGUGGGGAGCCCCUUCGCUGUCCCAGUCCCUGCUCAGGCCCUAAUCCAGUUCCCCACCACCAAGAACUAGGUUGUCAUGAAUCUAACCCAUGCCACCUGGAUACUGAAGGCCCGAGCCCAUACAGCUACAAUCAGGGGCAAGAGAGUAACAGCAACUGUAGACCUGAUGAUGUUUUCCCAGGGCCACAGGAUCUAGGUGGCUGUGGAGACCAAGGAAAUACCCACGGUGGAGUAAAAGGUGGGGCUUAUGCGGGAGCAAAGGGUGCUUAUUUUUAAACAAAAUGUAGCUCAAAUGCCCCUGCUUCAGGUUCUUUAGAAUAUUUUCCUGUCUCAUCUGGUUGACAUCUCUCCACAGACAUCGAGGUGCUCUCUGCUUCAAAGCUGUUAUCCAAACUUCUUGUAUGUCAUCUCAGGUUCCACACCUGAGUCUCAGACAUCAUUCCAGCCUUAUGUCUCACUCCUCCCGUGCACUCAGCUUUAAUUCUAACCAGACCAGCUUGGCCACCAGGGCACUCCUUGGGUGUUCCUCCUGACAUUCUCCAGAUGCUCUUGCCUCAGCAGAGGCUCCCUUGGUUUGAACAAUUUCUCACCUAUUUCCCAGCAUCCAAAAUUGUACAUGUCUUUCAAUACCUCUUCCUUGAAGACUUUCGUUGUUGUUGUUGUUGUCUGCUCCCACCCAUAAGAGCCUAUUCUGACUUCCUAGAAUUCAUUGCCCAUAACACCAUCCAUUUAGCAAGAGUUUGGCAGCACUCCUGAAUUAAUUUCUCUUUGCAGUUACUGCCUUUUCUGCCCAAAUACAUUGCAAACCUUCAUCUAAGUAGGGUCAGUAUAUCCUUAAAUCUCUGUGCCUAUCUUAGGUCAGGUAAUAGUUGAUCAAGGUUGUGGUUGGCAACUUGAGCCACGUUCUGUCCUGUUGGGAAACUAGGAACUGGGGCAAGAGGAGGAUGCAUAAUAAUAAAAACUGGGUAUGUUCACAGUUUGAGUCCUGUGUAAUGUCUGCUCUUUAUUUGAUGCCAGCUUGCUGAGAUGGUGUCUUUUUAAACCAUGAUGAAAAUACAUAAAACAAAAUGUAUUAACACAGCCAUGUCAGAGCAUGUAAUGGGAUUAAUUAUACUUGCAUUGUUGUAUUACCAUCACCACUAUUCAUCUAUCCUGCAGGACAAACACUCAAUACCUCAUUUCCUACUUCCCUUUAGCCUCUAAACAUUACCAUUCCAUUGUCUACCUUUUAAAAUUUGACACUACGUAUGUCACAGGUAGACUCAAAUGGUAUUUGUACUUUCGUUAUUCGCUUAGCAUAGUGUUCUCCAGGUUCAUCUUUGCUGUAGUAUGUGACAGCUAUUGAGGCAGCAUAAUAUUACGUGGACUGUAGAUACCAAUUUAAUUUGUUCAGCAAUGAAUGGCUAAGCACUUGAGUCGCUUCCAUCAUUUGGCUACAGUCAGUAAUGGUCCAACCAACACUGGUAUAAAAUACUUCUUUGAAUGUAUGAUUUCAAUUCUUUUGAGUAGAUAUCAAGAAAUGGAGUUCCUACAUCAUAUGCUAAGACAGAUGCUUCUAUGUUGCUUUCCACAGUGGUGACAUCAUCCACAGUCCCACCCCAGCA